AAAACGCUUUCAAUUUGCGUGUUGGUUAUAGUGUAAAGUGCGAUGUCUGGGCGGGGAAAGCAGGGUGGUAAGGCUCGCGCCAAAGCCAAAACUCGGUCCUCCCGCGCCGGGUUGCAGUUCCCGGUGGGCAGAGUGCACCGCUUGCUCCGUAAGGGAAACUACUCCGAGCGAGUCGGAGCCGGCGCACCGGUGUACCUGGCGGCGGUGCUGGAGUACCUGACGGCCGAGAUCCUGGAGCUGGCGGGCAACGCGGCCCGCGACAACAAGAAGACACGUAUUAUCCCGCGCCACUUGCAACUGGCCAUCCGCAACGACGAGGAGCUCAACAAGCUGCUGGGCAAAGUCACCAUCGCGCAGGGUGGCGUCCUGCCCAACAUCCAGGCCGUGCUGCUGCCCAAGAAAACCGAGAGUCACCAUAAGGCUAAGGGCAAGUGAAGCCCACAAAUAAGCAGUAAAAACACUUCCUUGUUCUCAACCAGACAAAAGGCUCUUUUCAGAGCCAUCCACACUUUCAAGAGAGAAGCUGAUAACUCUGUAUUUGUAUAUUCCUAAACUACGUAGUGUUUAAAAGUAACAUAAGAAAAGCCUGUGUCGUAACCAAUAAGAUACAUUAGUUUAAAGAGCACCAGGAAAGUAGGUCGUUCAGAAUAUUUUGUAUAAAAAGAAACCUAACAAGCAAAAUAAGGUGUUUUACAAAACAGGCGGGGCCGAGAAAUGUUGGGGCUCGAAAAACGAAGUAAGGAAAUUCACCACGUCCUUAACCAAUAAUAAAGCAGUGUUAGUUCCUCAAAUUCUGAAUCUAGAAAAAUAAUCUUGUCCAACAUUAACCAGUGACAAUUUGUUGCUAUUCUGUGUGUACCCGCCAAAUCUGAAACCGUCGCUUUAACUGCUUCGCCAGAUAUUCCACCCAGGUACAUUGACAUAUAGAUCACAAAGGUUUCACAAACUCAGGAUUAGGGGAGCUACAAUGACCAGGGCUUGUGUCAGUCCAGGCGACUCGCGAUAAUUUAACUGGAAAAGAAAACAGACGGUUAAGUGCAGACGAUAAAACU